CUAGUGCACACCCGCCACAGCACAAGGAUAUUGUGUGAGUGUAGUGCGUGCUUGCGUUCGGAGUAACGGAGAUGUUGGAGCACUCGUCUGAACUGGGUUUUGUGCAGAGUGUGUGUGUGGACAGCAUGCGAUACCCAUCUACAGCAAACAGCGCUGUCUCCAUGAGGACCACAGAGGAACUGCUGCUGAGUAACGGUACAGCUGUGAAGAUGAACGGCGCCCUGGAACACUCGGACCAGCCCGAUCCGGACUCCAUUAAAAUGUUUGUUGGCCAGAUUCCCCGCUCCUGGUCCGAGAAAGAGUUAAAGGAUCUUUUCGAGCCGUACGGAGCCGUCUACCAGAUCAACAUACUGCGAGAUCGUAGUCAGAACCCACCACAGAGCAAAGGGUGCUGUUUUGUCACAUUCUACACACGGAAAGCUGCCUUGGAGGCCCAGAAUGCACUGCACAACAUAAAGACCUUAACUGGGAUGCACCACCCCAUACAGAUGAAGCCCGCAGACAGUGAGAAAUCAAAUGCGGUGGAGGACAGAAAGCUGUUCAUCGGCAUGGUGUCGAAGAAAUGUAAUGAGAACGACAUUCGAAUCAUGUUCUCUCCAUUCGGACAGAUUGAGGAAUGUCGCAUUCUUAGGGGACCAGAUGGACUCAGCCGAGGAUGUGCGUUUGUCACGUUUUCUACCAGGGCUAUGGCACAGAAUGCAAUCAAAGCCAUGCAUCAGUCUCAAACCAUGGAGGGCUGCUCCUCUCCCAUGGUGGUGAAAUUUGCAGACACACAGAAGGAUAAGGAACAGCGACGGCUGCAGCAGCAGUUGGCGCAGCAGAUGCAGCAGUUGAACAACGCGUCUGCCUGGGGCAGCCUGACUGGGCUGACUGGCCUCACCCCACAGUAUCUGGCAGUAAGAGGACACACCCACGUAGCCACGCCCACCAGCAGCACAGCCAGCGCAGCCGCCGCAUUGCUCCAACAAGCAACAUCCUCCAGUAAUCUAGGAGCGUUCAGUGGUAUUCAACAAAUGGCAGGUAUGAAUGCUCUGCAGUUGCAGAAUCUGGCCACUCUAGCCGCAGCAGCGGCUGCAGCACAGAGCUCGGCCAGCCCGUCCACCGCUAGCGCCCUAACCUCCAGCACAGGGUCACUGGGAGCCCUGGCCAGCCCAGCAGGAUCCACGGCUAACUCGACCGCAGGUGCGAUGGGUUCCCUGGGUUCUCUGGGCACACUGCAGGGUCUGGCUGGGGCCACCAUGGGCCUUAAUAACAUUAAUGCACUAGCAGUUGCUCACAUGCUCUCAGGUAUGGCAGCUCUGAACGGCGGGCUGGGCAGCACGGGCCUGAGUAACGGGUCGGUCGGGCCCAUGGACGCUCUCACACAGGCCUACUCAGGGAUCCAACAGUACGCAGCCGCCGCACUGCCCACCCUCUACAGCCAAUCCCUACUGCAGCAACAGAGCGCUGCGGGCAGCCAGAAAGAGGGACCUGAAGGGGCCAACCUGUUUAUCUACCACCUGCCACAGGAGUUUGGGGACCAGGACAUCCUACAGAUGUUCAUGCCUUUUGGAAACGUAGUGUCUGCCAAAGUCUUUAUCGACAAACAGACCAAUCUGAGCAAGUGCUUUGGUUUCGUCAGUUAUGACAAUCCUGUGUCAGCGCAGGCCGCCAUCCAGGCGAUGAACGGUUUUCAGAUCGGCAUGAAGCGCCUCAAAGUCCAGCUCAAGCGCUCAAAGAACGACAGCAAACCAUACUGAUCUUAGCACUAGGGCAUCUCUCAUUUUACACUGCUAGGAACUCAUCUCCAUGACUAUAUGCUCAUCGUUUGCCUAGCAUGUCUACGUGGUGUACAAAAAAGCGUCUCAUCGUCCCGUCAUUGUUUCUGAUGUCUUUCUGAGUUCUCCUGAUCAUAACAUGGUGUCCUUCUACUGAUCUCUGAACUUAGCCUGAUCUUUUUGGAAGUUUUUAGCAUGUGACCUCAUUUUGAGCUUUUUACCUGUUUUUUUGUUUUUGUUUGUUUUUUUGUUGGAUUAAUUAGUGAGGGAGGGAGGAAAGACAAAAUAAUAAUAAUAAUAAUAAUAAUAAUAAUAAUAAUAAUAAUGAUGUGAAACCGCUGCAUUCACACUCUAGAGACAGAGUAUAUUUACUAACAUAACAAGAGCAUCAUUUUAAGAAAAAAUUAUAAUAAAAAAAAAAAAGUACAAAAUAAAAUAAUCCUGUGGCAAAACAAUUAAGAAUAUUUGCAUUUUUUUUACUUGUCAGAUUAUGUUCUUUUCUCUCUCUCUCUCUCUCUCUCUCUCUCUCUCUCUCUCUCUCUCUCUUUCUCUUUAUGUUCUUUUCUUUUUCAUUCAUUUAAAGUAAACUUGAAAGUUCAAUACAGGGAUUGGCGUUGGGACUUACUGUCGGCAACACUCAUAAAUGGAGGCCGUCUGUAAAAACCUACGCCGGUUUCUUAACGAAAUAGACUACUUCCACGCAGUUGUAAUAUAUAUGUAUAUAUAUAUAUAUAUAUAUAUAUAUAUAUACAUAUAUAUACAUAUAUAUAAAUUGACUGAUCGAUAUUAGAAUAUCUCAGCGCUUGCUCGUGGUUUUUACAUUUUUCAGGCAGUGUAAAGUUUUUUGAUAAGGCCAUUUUAAGUGGCUUGAUUUCUCAUUAAAGUCUAUAUAAAACCACUUUUUUCUAGAGUAGUAAAGGUAUUAAAAACAAAAAAAGAAGAAGAAAAACACAAGAUUGCCCUGUUUGGGGGAAAUGCUACCUACAUGUCACACCUUUUGCUGAACUGACUUACAGUUAGACAAUCCGUGGUUUAAAUGCACAUGAAAUGACCUAUAUUUUAUACUGUUUAAAUGUAUAGAGGAAAAAAAACUGAGUUCGUGUAACCCGCUGUCCCGUCGGUGCUUUUCGUGGAUAAAGUCGUGGUUUCAUCAAGUCUAACAGUCUUAUUUGUCUCAUGUUUUUAAAGAGAAGACUAAAAAUCAAUUUACUUGAACAAUAGACAAAAGCCUUUCAUAAGAACAAUUACUACUACGUUUUUGUUUUUGUUCGUUUCGUUACUUCUUUUCUUUUCUUUUUUAACUUUUUUUGAUAGGAAUCCCUCUUUGCUAAAUUUCUUGUUGGGUAAUUAGCUAUAUACAAAUUCUUCAAGUUACAGUGUCGGCUUGUGAAGCAUCUGUGUCAUUAUAUUAUUUCAUUUCUAUUGUGGGAAACAAUAUUUAGAUGUGUUAUGUUGUUCAGCAAAAUGUGAUCUUUUCUUUUUCUUAUAAAGAAAAACGAGUGGAAUUUAGUGCCAAAUUCUGACGGUACAUCCUGCCUACAGCUUCAGUGUUUUACUUGUGAAAUUAUUUGAUAACAUGGGUAUUUUAUUACGUAAGUGUUUUGUAUGGAACCCUCAUAUUUAAAGAUAUAGAUUUAAAAAAAGGUUGUUAACUUGCUCUUCUGUGGUCUUGUUGCCUGAAACUGUUCAUGUUUUUUGCUUUUCCUUCUUAUUUUCCCCUUAUUUGUAAAGAUGUAAAAAGUGCCCAUGUGUCAUUAUCUCUUUUACAAGCACAUACACACACACACACACAUUCACAAGUAAGCACAUAAACACACACAUGCAUGCAUACACACACCUGUGCUAAAGGCUGACCUCACAACCCUCUUUUAUUUGAUGGUGUGUGUAUGUGAGCCCCUGAGAAUGAGUCUCAGCAGUUCUCCUAAUACACACAUACAGUUCUCCUUACACAUGCACAUACACAUACAUUAAGGGUCACCGUACACCAAUGAAGGCCUAGAUUACGUUACAGUCAGUUACGUUUCAUUAAUUCCCUUCUAGUUUUGUACUUAAGAGCCCAUUUAGACCGCACACAAUCUUCUUUGUCUGUAAAAAAAAACCCUUGUGUGCGAUUGGACUAAAUAUUUAUGAAUUGUGAGUCAGGCCUUUUUUGCACACAUUAUGGUGGGUGAAUGAAGUUUCAUUAAACAACAGCUGUUUGUCUGGCUUUUUGUUUCUUUUAUCAGGAUGCUUUUACUUUCGUAGUACAACUAAAACGGAGUCCUGAUGCCAAAGUAGUUCAUCGUGAUCCACAGUAUUUGAUAGCGCCUGUAGCACUUUGCUGAAAAUGUUUACACAUGGUUUAAUGGCCCAUAUACAGUAUAAAUAUUGUUUACAAACGUAGUUUACGGGCAGCCCCAUCAAAAUCGUUUACUUCACUCGAUAGCACUAUUUUAUACCCGAGCUCUGCCGUUGCCUUAACGCGUCGAUCAGUAUUAGUGGCCUGGAGUAUUUUGCAGCACAUAUAAAACAUGUGCCAAGGGUUUGUGUGUGAAUGUGAACAUGUUAAGAUGUGUUUCUGUGCUGUGAUUGGUUGUUCGUUCUCUUUCCAUCCACGUUAAUCUUUCGCCAAAUCUGAAGCGGCCAAACUUUCCGCCAGUUAACAAAAUAAUAAACAACCACAUUAAUGAAACACGAGCAGUACAGAUUUCUGUGUAAAUGGUUCGUAAAAAUGGUGAUAUUUUACGUAAGAAUGGUAUAACAGGGUUCUUAAGAUGGGCAAGGAGGAGGCGGGAACCAGCUGAACAGUCAACGUAAAACUAUAAUUAGAAACUGAACUCAAACAUAGCAGAAACUGGAAACAAACAGACGCACAUACAGCUUUGUGCGUCCCUCUCUCUCUCGAACUGGCAUCUCCUGCUCCCCUUAUCUCUCUCCCACUGAUUAGUCAACUCAUCGCCAGGCGUGCGUUAUCACGGCCCGGCCACACCCCCCUUCCCCUCCAUUUUACAUUAUUAUGAGCCGUUUCUUCGCAAAAUUGUCAUUUUGACACAUUGAUUGCAACGAUAUAUGUAAGAAUAGUUUAUGAAUACUUUUGCAGUUUUAUAAGCUGUUUACACCAAAAAUUGUGGUUCUGUUACUUUCAUCGCUACGUUCUAUGUAAGAAUGGUUUUACAAAUAAUUGUAUGUGUAUGUAUGUUUAUAUAUAUAUACAUAUUUAUGUGUCAAAUUGUCACUUCGUCACAUCCAAUUCAACAAUGUAUGUAUGAAUGGUUAUUAUCAAUAAUGUAUGCAGAAAUUAAACAAAGGGCCUCAUUCAUGAAACAUGAGCAGAACGAAUUUUAGCAUAAAUUGUUUGUAAAACAAUUCAUGCAUCAAUUGUCACAACAUGACGACCAAUUUUGUUCACAUUCAAUGUAACACUGUCUGCAAUUGUCGCAUCAAAAUAUGCAUCUGCAGCCAUUAACAUAAGAAUGGUUUAUGAACAAUUUAAUAUUGUCAACCAAUUAUUCGCAAGACGACCAAUUAGCUUGACGGCCAGUGGUUGCUCAGCGGUUAAGGCUCUGGAUAUACUGACCGAAAGGUCGGGGGUUCAAGCCCCAGCACUGCCAAGAUACCACUGUUGGGCCCUAGAGCAAGGCCCUUGACCCUAUCUGCUCCAGGGGUGCUGUUUCAUGGUUGACCCUACGCUCUGACCCCAGCUAAGUUGGGAUAUGCGAAAACAACUGCAUUUCAUUGGCUAUGUACCGGUACUCUGCACAAUGACAAUAAAGUUGAAUCUUAACCUUAUACAAACAAGCUGUUUACAUAGAAAUGUGUUGCUUUGUUACAUUCAACGCAACAAUCUACGAAAGAAUGGUUUUAUGAAUAAUUUUGCGGUUGUACCACCGAUUUUGUUUUAAAAACCAAUUACACAUACAAUUGUUGCAUUGGCGUAUUCAACGAUUUUGACCAUUUCCAUAAGAAUAGUGUUACAAACGGAAAUAUGCUUUCCGAUAUUCUUCACAAUCCCUUAAUCCAUCCAGUUUGUAUUGGGAAGUUGGAGUCAGUCAGUAUACGAUUUACUGCUUCCAUUGCCAAAUCUUAUAACUAUUAGCACAAACACAAAAGCACACACGCAGUAGCACAGCGUUAACACGCAGUAUUACAACUGAUGACUCCUUACAAUUACCAGGUACAACAGUCGACAGUAAUGUUGUUUACACCUUUUGUUCAUAAGAGUUCCUAGUGGCAUGAAAAGAAUUACGAGAUGUAUUUUUGACCUUUUUAGAUUCAUUUGACGAUGUAAUAUCACUCAGUAUAGCUUUUUAUCUCAGCUCAGUUUAGUAUUACGGCGUCUGGUAUAUCGCUAGUUAGAAGUCGGUAGUUUCCAACUUGGUGUAUUCUUUUGUUUGUCACACUUGAUCACAAUCAACUACACUAACUUCAGACAAACAGGGUAAGCUACAUGGCCAGCAAUUUUACACAUAAAACACACAUUUUUUUGAUGUUUAAUAAAGCACAACCUCACAUGUGUCUUUGCAGGAGUCCUUGCUGAGGCUCUCAACUCAGGGGUUUAACACACGCAUCUGAAAUCUGUUUGUUGUUAAUUUUGUUUCUUUCUAUCUCUUAAGUGCUAUUUAACAAUUGUAUUUUAAAGAAGAAAAAAUAAGAUGUGUAGUUUCUUUGCAUUUUGGCUUAUUAUGUCAAGUUUUUUGGAAAAAUGUAUGUGUUUUAUCUAACGUGCCGUAACAAAAGCUUGUUGUCUGUAGAUUAAUAUCAUUUCGUUUGAUUCUAAGAAGAUUUCAAUAGUUUUAAGUAUUGUCUUGAGAAAAGCCAAAGUCAAUGCAUUUCAGUGGACUAUGUAAGCGUGAUACAUGUUUGUUUGACAACACUUUGAAAAUCUGUCAUUGGAUGGGAAUUUAAAAAGUACAAAAAAGCAGGCUUUCCUAUUUCUAUCACUGAUUGUACUUAUGCCUUUUGUACCAGUGGAACUUUUUAUACUGGCAAUUAAAGGAGGAAAAAAAAAACUACGACAGGCUGCGUGGCCCCAGCCAGGGGCCUGCAGCGACUGGUUCCCGAGUUUGAUUUCUAGUUGGCGUCCAGAACGUUGGGUUUUGAUAUAUAAAGAUUUUUUAGGAGAAAACUUUGGCUUGGUAUCUUUAGCCUCUUCUUCUUUACUCUUCUUCUUCACAUCAGUAUUUGCUUUUCUUUACAUUCGCUUUCUCGGAAAGAGGGUUGGGGAGUUUUCCUUUUGGCUUAUAAAUACGUAAUGCGGUUUGUCUUUACCAAGAGUCUUUACAACAGCGGUAAGUUUCAUUUAGUUGAGUAUUGUGCAGUCAUCAUAAGACGAUUAGACGAUUUAGAAGUAUUUAGUCACCUUCAGUGGAUAAAUGUAUUAGUUUGACAACAAGAUAAAAGUAAUUUGAGGACUUUUCUUUUAGCUGUUUAGAUUUUUCUGGUUUCUCUGUCUUUGCUGUUAACCUAACUGUGUAGCUGGAUCAGUCAGACUUAUUUUUGUAAAUGUAUGUUCUUGUGUGAUGCAGUUUUUUGCCUCUGUCUCCGAUAUUAAACCAUUUUUCCUAAUA